AUGGGCGAGGUAAUCAGAAAAUAUCAGGGCGCGGAAGCGUGGGAGGAGGAGGAGCUGACGGAGGGAGACACGAAACGACAGCAAAGAAAAACGCUCAUGUCCACAUGGGCGCCACGUGCCGAUGGCGAAGAGGGCGCCGCCGCCGCACCCACGCUUGGGCUGGCUUCUAGCCCUGCAGCCCUUGUCGAGUGUGGGCGCCCGGCUAUCGAGUGUUGUACCAUGGCUGAUGGAUGCGUGGUAGGCAUGCGUGGGACGAGCCCUCUUCGCUCCUGGCCUCGUCCGAGAGAGGCAAACGAUACGCGGCGCGCAAACCGCCUCAUCCGUGCUGACACGGACACAAAAGAGGGAAUCACAAUGCAAAGACCUCCCGGCGCCCGCGUUUGGGUUGCCCCCUUCCUUAUCUAG